ACCCCUAACAAAAAAUAGUAAGUCAAUAAGUCUCUCUUUUAAAACCCUCCCUUCACUCCAUGAGCCGUUCUAUAUUUUCCUUCUUCUCCCCUCAAACCCUAAAAAUGAUUGCAUUACAGUAGUCUAAUUAACAACUAUAUAAUAUCCAUUACAUUUUACUGCUACAUCUUUUUCUUCUUGUUAUUGUUAGUGUUUUUGUUUGGAGAUGGUUGUAUCAAAAACAGCAGAAAGUGGUGGGACACAUAUAUUGUCUGCAGGUGUAAGGGAAAUACUAGAAAGUAUUAAGGAAGUUGUUGGAAAUCAUUCUGAUGCUGAUAUAUAUGUUGCUCUUAAAGAAACUAAUAUGGACCCUAAUGAAACCGCUCAGAAAUUGCUCAAUCAAGAUCCAUUUCACGAGGUGAAGCGAAAAAGGGACAGAAAGAAAGAGAACCAUGGGUAUAAAAAUUCCACUGCUCCAGAAAAUGGAAGUUAUUUAGAGCAUGGUGCACUGGAAAUGAGGGUCGAUAGAAGUUUUUCUGAGCAUGGUGCACAGGAAAUGAGGGUCAACAGAAGUUAUUCAGAGCAUGGUGCACAGGAAAUGAGGGUCAACACACAUAUCAAUCGUAACAUCCGAAGAGGGAGCUACAGUCGAACUGCAUUACCUGAUGCAGGACUUACCCGAGAAUUCCGUGUUGUGCGAGAUAAUAGAGUUAACCAAAAUGUCAAUAGAGUGGUAAAGGCUGUCCAGACUUCUACAUCUGCUGAACCAGUGGUUUCAAAUUCUUCUGUACAGAGCAGUUCAAAAGGGACCUCUGACAAUAAUUCAUCCACUGGGAGUCGUUCAUCUCAAGCUCCAAACAGGAGUUCUCAACAUACACACUCCAAUGCUGCUAAUUUAACUGGCACUAAUGGUCAAGGUUUGUCUGGAGAAAUUCGUGCAUCUGUUUCAAAUGCUGCUUCACAGAUAGGAGGGGUGAAGCCAAAUGGUUCUCGGCCACAUUCUAUUACAUCAUCUAGCAAUUCUGUCAUUGGAGUUUAUUCGUCAUUUUCAGAUCCCGUUCAUGUACCAUCUCUCGAUUCCAGACCGGCUGCAAAAGUUGGUGCUAUUAGGCGUGAGGUUGGGGUGGUGGGUGCUCGUCGCCAGUCUGCUGAAACUUUUGCCAAGUCCUCAUCUUCACAAAGCAGGUCAUCUUCAAACUUACACAUGGAGCAGGCCCGACAGGAUGGCGGUAACUCUAAAGGAUCACUCCGACCUCUGAGCUCGAAUUCUAAAAGUGACCACAGUGCAGUAUCUGAUUCCCCUAAAUCCAGCUUGCCAGCGAGCAGGCCUCCCUCGGGAAAUCAACAUAAUAACAGACCCCAUCAACCUGUGGGUCAUCAGAAAGCUGUUCAGUGGAAGCCCAAGUUAACCCAGAAGUCCUGCGUUACAGAUCAUGGGGUUAUUGGAAAAUCUUCUGAAGGUGUCUCUUUAACUAGGAAGUCAGAAGACUUGGAAAAAGAAAGUUCUCAGUUGCAAGAUAAAAUGUCAAGGCUAAACAUCUCAGACAAUGUGAUCAUAGCUGCGCAUAUUCGUGUUUCUGAGACUGACCGGUAUCGGCUGACCUUUGGAAGCUUUGGAGCUGAAUUUAAAUCUGCGAAAGAUUUGGAAGAAGAAUCUCAGACCGAGCCAUCCAGACUGUCAGUUUUGGUUUCUGAAUCUUCCACUGACGAACCUGUUGGGAGCAAGCAAUUAGAUUUGCCUGAUGAUCGCGUUCAGAAUCCAGGAUCUUCUUCUCCUGGAUCUGGUGUAAUUUUAGAUCAGAAGCUGGCAGAUAAUAGAGAGUCUUCAAGUCCCGAGGAUUUGGGUAAUUAUCCAGAUGUUGGGUUGGUUCAAGAUAACAAUGCAUCGUAUACUCCCCCAGAGUCGCAACAGCAGCAAGAUGCUUCUAAUUUAUCAAGUUUCUCGGCGUACGAUCCCCAAACUGGGUAUGAUAUACCAUAUUUUAGACCUGCAGUUGAUGAAGCUCUUCGCGACCAGGGUCCCCAGGAGGCCCUCAGUUCACACGCUGCAAAUAGCAUGCCUGCAUCGUCAAUUCCAAUGCUGCAGCAGCACCAACCAAUGGCCCAGAUGUAUCCCCAAGUUCAUGUAUCCCAUUAUGCUAAUCUUAUGCCAUAUCGCCAUGUUUACUCUCCUGUCUAUGUUCCUCCAAUGGCUAUGCCUGGCUAUUCUAGUAACGCUGCUUACCCUCAUCCGCCAAACGGUAGCAACUACUUGCUGAUGCCGGGAGGUGGAUCCCAUCUUAGCGCAAAUGGACUUAAGUAUGGAAUUCAGCAGUUCAAGCCUGUUCCCACAGGUAGUGCUUCAGGGUUUGGAAAUUUUACUAGUCCAACCGGCUACGCUAUCAACACUCCUGGUGUAAUUGGCAGUGCAACAGGUCUUGAAGAUUCAUCUCGGAUGAAGUACAAGGAUGGUAAUCUUUAUGUGCCUAACCCACAGGCAGAGACAUCUGAAAUGUGGAUGAAUCCAAGGGAUAUUUCUACUAUGCAGUCAGGAUCAUACUACAGCAUGUCUGGGCAAACUCCACAUGCCACGUAUCUCCCAUCUCACAGCGGACACGCUUCUUUCAAUGCUGCUGCUGCACAAUCAUCCCAUAUGCAGUUUCCGGGAUUGUAUCAUCCAACUCAGGCUACUGCAAUGGCUAAUCCUCAUCAUAUGGGCAGUGCCAUGGCCGGUAAUGUCGGGGUUGGUAUGGCUGCAGCUGCUCCCGGAGCUCAAGUGGGUGCAUAUCAGCAACCUCAAUUGGGUCAUCUGAACUGGACAGGGAACUUCUGAAGAAUGAAUAAGAGUCGUCGUUAAUUUUGGCCCUAUUUUAUGUGGGAUUUACUUUAGCUAUAGGAUUUUCAUUUUCUUGUGGAAUGAGAAGCGCAUAGUAGUAAAUCCAGAUCAAUGCCUUCAAUGUUAAUAUUUUCCACUGCUUAGUGUAUUCUCACAGUCAAGUAGCUCUAUCUGACCUUUUUUCUUGUGCAUUGGGGGUGGGGAUUAAAUGGUGUGUGGCACUGGCGGUAGAGGGUUUUAGCUUAGUUAAUUGUUGCACAGGCUACUCAUGAAGGUCUAAGUCAAUGCCGUGCUUAAUCAAUUUCAAGUUCUUGAGUUAGCAGUGAGAAUGCAAAAAGAGGAGAGAUGCUAUAUGAAUGUUUUUAGAUGUUUAUUUGUUACGCCGAUACCUGAGAAUCAAUUAGCAACAGUGAGAAAAGAAUGUGAAAGGGUGGUGGGUUUAUUGUAUGAUUGAAUGGUCUUUAUUGAGGCUUACGUGUGAUACCAGAUUCAAAACAUUGAACAGUGCGUGCAUCUCUUAGCAAGAAUAUGUAUAUAACAUACUGGCUCUGAGUAGUCUAAAUUGCAUUGAUGAUAUUUUCAGAAGGUUGCUUUA